CCGCGACGACCGUGAGAUAACGACUGCUGCCGUAGUGCCGUCGUGGAGACGCCGUGUUGAACGAUAAUAAAAAAAAAUAAUAAUAAUAAUGAAUAUUUUAUAUUGCCAAUAUAUCUAUGUUCAGCUCACCGCUGCAGUGUGCCCAGUGUGGUCUCGGUAGUCGCCGCGUUCGGUGUGCCUCUUUGUUCGUCGUCGUUCCCUAAAAUAUAUUAUUAAUUUUCCUAUUCCGUCUUGCGUAUAACCAGUAUAACCGCCGUUUUCGUUCUCAUUUAUUAUUCACAUAUUUAACCUAUUGUUAUACCUAUGUUGGCUUUGUUUGAUUUUUGUGAAUUGUAAUACAUGUACCUACGCGACGACGAAUCGAUGAGUCGUGCCCUCUUAGGACGUGCACGCUGCUAGUAACACGCGAUCAAAAGAAGGUCGUGCAAACCGAUAUUAAUGAAAAAAAUACAAAUCUGAUGUAAAACGACAUAAUUAACCAUGUCCAUGAAGAAAGAGUACAACAUUGAUUGGGUCUUGCCCAAACUCAGGAACCGACAAAUAUUUUGGAACGUCGCGUCUUGCAUCACAUUAGCUGCCGUCGGUAUAUUCAGCAAGAUUUUCAUCAAAUGGUUCAACAAAGCAAAAGUGUACAAUCUCGUCUCAUUUGACAAAGCAAUCAAUCGACCCAACCACAUACCUSUCAUUACAGUAUCCAAUCAUGAUUCGUGUUUUGAUGACCCUGGCAUUUGGGCUGCACUUGGUUGGAAAAAUUUAAUAAUGUCAAAUAAAAUGCGCUGGGCAUUGGCUGCCAAUGACAUAUGCUUUACAAACCCAUUCUGUGCACAUUUUUUUAUGCUUGGUCAGUGUGUGCCGACCAUUCGAGGUGCUGGAGUAUAUCAAGAGGCUGUUAAGUUUGGUGUAGAACUGUUGUCUAAAGGUAAAUGGCUGCAUAUUUUCCCAGAGGGUCGUGUUAAUAUGAAUAAAAACUAUAUACGUCUGAAAUGGGGAGUUGGUCAAAUGAUAUAUGAAUCACCUGUUAUGCCUAUUGUUGUACCUAUUUGUCAUGUUGGAAUGGAAACUAUAUUACCUAAUGAGCCACCAUACUAUUUACGAACUGGCCGUAAGGUAACAUUUAAUUUUGGUGAGCCUAUAGAUUUAAAAGAAUUAGUCUCAAAGUUGAAAGAAUCUAAUGCAAGUGAGGAAGAAGCUCGUAAAUUAAUUACAGAAAAAAUUGAAAAAGAAUUAUAUAAAUUGCAAAAAGACACAAUAUUGUUACACAACAAGUUAAAUUCUUGACGGCCUGAUUUACGACUAAUGUCUUUAAAAGCUAAAAAAAAAAAGAAUACUUAAUAGUGUUCCAAAAAAAUGUUUGAUUAUUAACAAAAUUAUUUCUUUUUAGAUAAGUUACAGAUAAUUCAUUUAACUUAAUGUUUUUAUACUGUUUAUUAGUUUAUUUAACAUCACAUAUUUUUAUGUAUAAACUUAAUUGUGUAACCAUUAUGAUAAUCAUUUGGUCCUCAAUCUUAUAUACUAUUUUUUCAACAAAUAUUUUCAUAAAUGUACCUAUUUAAAUAUUUUUAAUAAAAGGUAUGUUCUUGUUUGACUUUCUUCUAAGAAUGUCAAUAAUUUCCGUCCAAUCGAGUAUACGUGAAUGAUAUUUUGAUAUUUAUUUAAAAUAAUUAUUUAAAAAAUGUAAUUUAUUUACAUUUCAAUAUGAAAUAUAUUUAGCUUACUUUGUACUUAAAUUCAAUAGAACUUUUAUCAUGGUUAUUUUUAAAAAUGAGCAUGUCUAGUCAAUCUCUUAAUAAUUCUGGAUAAUAUGUAAAACAAAUUGCACUAAGAAUUAUUUUCCCGUGAACGUUAAGAGAUAUGAUUUUAAUAUUUUUUAUCUUAACAGUAACAUAAGUUCAUUUUAACUCUUGCCAAUUUUUUUUUUACCAAAUGCAAAUUAAAUUUUGUUUUUA